AUGGGGAGAGCGGACUUCACGGCUCCAGCCUUUGACUUGGCCGGUCUGGGCCCGUCGCCCCUUGUGCGGAGCUUUGCCUGUCUGGGCUCUGCGCUGCUAUUCUCUGGAUUCACCCGCGCAGGCAGUUCCGUGUCAAUCUUCGACUGCAGCCACCCAGGAUUGAUUCCUCCAGCUCGCAGCCCGGCGUGUAUGGAUCCUGCCGUGUUGCUGUUUGGGCUUGGACGCCUCGACGCAUCCCCUCUGGCCUUUGACCGCAGUCACCCAGACUUCACCCUGCCGGCCCACAGCUUUGCUGGUCCUGGCUUGGCAGUACCAUUAUCUGGGUUAGGUCGGGCCGACUUGUCGUUACCGGCGUUGGAUUUUGGACACUCAGGGCCUCCCAUUCCUGCACGAUCUUUAGCAAGGACAGGGCUUGCACUCCCAAUCUUUGGAAUGGGACGUUCGGAUGUCGCAGCUUCGACCUUUGAUUGCAGCCACUUGGGCUUAACGCUUUUGGUUCAAAGCGCAGGCCAGCUUGGUCUGGCACUGCCUUCAUUUGGUAAGGGACGGUUCGGGUCAUUGCUACCCGUGUCCGAUCUUUUGAAUUCGGGCAGCCUUACGCCUCUGAGAAGCCCCGCCUGGUCAGGGUUCUCCCCUCCUGCAUUUGGUGUCGGCCGCAUUGAACUCUUCUUGCCGGCGCUGGAUUGCUCUGGGCCGGGUCCUCUGCCGCUUGUGCAAUGCACGGGGAGACCUGGCUUGCCGUUGCCGCCAUUCGGCUUGUCGCAAGUGGGACUGCUGCCUCCCGCCUUUGACAGCUCGGCUCCAGGCUUGCUUUUGUUUGUACGAUCGCUGGCUUGUCUCGGCCCUGCUCCCUUGACCUUUGGCAUGGCUUGUGUAGGAAGUUCGACGCUGGCCUUUGACUGCACAUACCUAGGCAGCCCUCCUCCAUUGCACAACUUCGGAAAGGCUGACUCUCUCCUGCUCCCCUUCGGCUUGUCCCGCGUUGACUUCAGUCCUUUGGUUCUGGACUCCUCAUCCACGGGAUCGAACCUCUUCCUGCGGAACUGCGCGCGUGCUGGCUUGCCGUUGCCGGCGUCCGGCUGUUCGAGAUUCGGCUCCUUGGUCUCAGCAUCUGAUUCUCUUCACACGGAGCCGCUAAUAUCAUUCGGUUGCUCGGGCUUUGCGCUCUCCGCCUUCGGGGUCACCUGCAUGGGAUCGCUGCUUCCUGUGUUCGACAUGGCAAGCUAUGGGCUGAUGUCAUCACUGCAGUCCUGUGCCUGGCCCGAGCCGUCCUCGUCGCCAUUUGCUGGUGCUUGCUUAGGAUUCUUCCUGCUCGCUCCAGACUGCUCAGAAAUGGGAUCGACCCUGCUCUUGCGGAGCGCUGCGCGAUUUGACCUUGCUUCUUCGGUCUUUGGAGUGGCAAAGCUCGGAUCGAGCUUGUUCGCCUUCGACCUCACCCAUCCAGGCAGGCUGGGAGUGUCCCUCUCUGUGCUCGACGGCUCUUCCAUGGGCUCCCCACUACCGGUGCACAGCCUUGAGUGGCCUGGGUCAGUGACAUUUUUGUCUGGUCUGGGUUGCUUGGGCCUUUCCUUUCCUGCCUUCGAUUGCAGCGGUCCUGGUUCGAUGUUGCUGCUCCAAAGCCCUGCCUGGCCUGGCUCAGCGGCUUCCUUGUCUGGUCAGGCAUGGCCCGGCUCCCCUCUGCCGGUCUUUGACGCGGAAACGCCAGGUUUUCCGAUGCCAGCACGAAGUUUGGCACGGCUGGGCCCCGCAGCUUCGCCCUCUGGCUUGGGAUGUCUGGGCUUGUUGGUGCUGGUACCUGACUUCCUGGCCAUGGGCUUGCCCCUGUCACCUCGUUUCUCGCUGUCAGUUCGAUCUCCGGCACGGUCCGGGCUGCCUCUGUUGUCAUCCGGGUUGACUGGGCUCGGCUCUUCUUUGUUGGUCUUCGACUUCUCCCAUCCAGGCCCACCAGCGCUGCCUCACAGUGCCGCCCAUCUGGGCUCGGCACUUCCUGCCUUUGCCAUUGCCCGCUUCGGCUUUGCGGCCUUAGUGUUGGACAGCCAACAUACGGGCUUGCUGCUGUUACCGCGUUCUUUCGCCUACCUGGCCUCCGUGGCGCUGACAGCAGGACUGGGACGCCUUGAGCUCUUGCUGCUCGUGCCUGACCCCACGCAUUUAGGGCCAGCCCCUUCCGUCCGAAGUUUGGCUCGCACGGGCCCAGCAGCUUCGGCCUUUGGCAUUGGUAGGGCAGAGGCAUCACCAUCGGCCCUGGAUAUGACUAACUAUGGCCCUGUGCCGUCCACCCAAAAUCUCUUCAGAGCUGGGUCAAGCCUCUCAAUUUGUGGUCUGGGAAGGGUGGGUCCAUCCGUUCUGGUCCUCGAUUUCACGCACUCCGGGUCUUCUUCGCCUCUGCAAAGCUUCGUUUGUAUGGACUUCUUGAUCUCGCCCGUGGAUUGCAUGAUGACCGGCAGCUCACUGCCGGUGCGCCAACCUGGUCGACCUGGUUUCCUUGCGUUUUUGUCCGGUUGUUCCAAGGUUGGCUUUUUGACUUCCUCGUAUGACGCCACGAGGCUGGGCUCCGCCCCGCCAUUGCGGUCUUUCAAACGCCUAGGAUCCUCCGUGCUCCUCUUUGGCCUAGCACGGUCAGGCUUCUUGGUAUUCACGUUUGAUGCGAGCUCACUUGGGCCACCGGUGUCCGUGAGAUGCUGUUCCUGGCUGGGGCCGGUGGCGCCUCUUUUUGCGGCGAUGCGGCUAGAUCCCGUCCCUUCCGCGGUCGACUUGACAAUGAUGGGCUCCGCAAUGCCCGCAAGAAGCAGGUUUUAA